AUGCGCGCCUCCCUCCUCUCCCUUGCCCUCGUCGGCACCGCCCUCGCCUCCCCUGUCGACCUCCUUUCCCGCUCCUUGUGCCUAUCCUACACCCUCAUCGACACCCGGGGGACUGGCGAACCCCAAGGCCCCUCCGCCGGGUUCAUCACUAUGAACCGCAACAUCCUCGCCGCCAAGCCCGGCGGUCGCGUCUACUCUACCGUCUACCCCGCCGACUUUACCCAAUACUCCGCCGCCGGCACCGCCGACAUCUUGCGCGAGCUCAGCGCCGAGCUCGCCGAGGACCCGGCGCGGUGCUUCAUCCUCGAGGGGUACUCGCAGGGCGCGGCGGCGACGGUCAACGCGCUGGAGAAGCUGCCGGUCUCGGACCCGCGGUACGCGGCUAUCAAGGGCGUAUUCCUUAUUGGGAACCCGGUACACAAGGCGGGACUGGAGUGCAAUGUGGACACCAAGGGCGGGGACUCGACCAAGAAUGUGAAUGGGAUUUCGGCGAGCUAUGAUGGGCCGAUCCCGGCGGCGUAUGUGGGCAAGUCGCUGGAUGUCUGUCAAUUCGGUGAUGGUGUCUGUGAUACCACACACGGCGUCGGUAUCAACCCUCCUCACCUCGUCUACCCCAGCGACGCCGGUACUCAGCGCCAGGGCACAGAAUUCGUCCUCGCCAGGCUCAGCAUUUGA